AUGUCGACUGAACCUGCAACCGGCAGCGGUAUAAUUAUUCAAUCAGCAAGUGCACCAGAAUUCACACCGGCAACGGAAUCAUGGCACGUUUGGAAGGAAAAACUGGACAUACACUUGUGUGAAAUUAAUUGUACACAAGAAAAUAUAAAAAAGGCGAUUUUAUUAAAAUCGAUUGGCUCCGAACCAUAUAAAUUGCUGCAUAGUUUAUGCAGCCCAGCAUCACCAGUUUCCAAAACGUUUAAAGAGUUGUGUGAAAUUUUGCAAACUCAUUACACACCACCUACAAUCAUAUUCUACGAAAGAAAAAAAUUCCACAUGUCAGUAAAAAGCAACGAAGAAACCGUUUCCCAAUCGUAUGCACGGGUAAAGCAAUUGGCAUUGGAUUGCAAGUUUGGCACACAUUUAGAUGCCUUUGUUCUAAAUCAAUUUGUUGUUGGACUGCCUGACAAAAUUUUUGAACGGUUAUGCGAGGAAGAUGAGACACUCACAUUGGCGAGCGCAUUAAAACGAGCACUUAUAUUAGAAACGAAGCAGGCAGCAAAAGCAAACAAAGCAGAUCUUGAGGUAAAAUUGGUCAAAGACAAAUCCAGUAUGCAGCGCAACAACAACAACAACAACAGCAAGCAAAGUAACAAGCAAUGCGGUAAAAACGAUUUUAAUGGGAAACGCAAUAAUGGCAAAAGCAAAGUCAGCAAAAUUUGUUCGCACUGUGGUUGGCGUAACCAUACGUCAAAUGCAUGUAAAUAUGCAAAAUCUCGAUGUAAUUCCUGUGGAAAAGUUGGGCACUUGGCUUCAGUUUGUCGUAGCAAAAACAAUAAAACUAUUAAUUAUGUAUCUGACUCAGAUGAGUCUAAUGAAAUCGAUCAUUUUAACAACUUUAUUUUCAAUGUUUCUCCUACAGGCCCAAACGAGGUAUAUUCGCUUACUAUCAAAAUCGAUGGAGUAGAUGUGAGAAUGACUUGCGAUACUGGCGCCCCAUGUAUAAUGAUACCUAUCAGUCUUUACAACAAACUUAAAGGGCCCCUAAACCACACUAAAACAUUGCGCAAUAUCGGACUUGCGUAGGUCGUUUGUGUGGUGUAUGG